UGUUCAGAGGGAAUUUAUUUUACAUUUAAAGGCGUACCUGGCUACAGAAAGCUUAAUAUCCUCGAAGCUAUACAAGCUAACAUUGUAUACACAGCUACAACUAACGUAGGGAUUCAGUAUGUAGCCCAUAAUAAUUUCUCCACGGAGCUGAAUCACGUGAUAGCGCGGUUACCAUAGUAACCUCAAACACUAGCUUCAACUAUCGCUCUGUUUCUGUUUUCCCUUUGAUGUGUUAGCUUAAUAGAAACUUCCCUGUGCAGGUUAGUUAGAGUUCAGCUAACUGAAUGAGCUUAUUGCAUUAGGUAGCCUAGCUAGGUCAUCUUUGUUUUUAAUUUAUUCUCAGUGUGAGAGGUAGCGCCGCUGUGUCCGGGUCCAGCAUGGAGACAGAGGAAAAGCCAGAGGCGCAGAGCCCUGAGGCGCAGAGCCCAGGCGAGGCCGCGACCGGAAGCACUGCUGCCACACACACUCAGCCUGAGCAGGAUGCUACAAAUCAAACAGCUGUCCAGCAGACCCAGGUGGAUAUCUGCUCAGAUCAGGAAGGAGAACCCUGUGAAAGAGUGGGACAGGACAGAUCCAGUCCUCAUGAGCAAGAAACAGUCAAACCUGCUGACGAUGUGGGAAACUCAACAGCUACAGUUAAAAUCUUACUUAUGCCAGAGGGACAUAUGAUGACUGUGGCUUUUACGAUUGGCCUCACCACUCAAGACCUGAAGAAUCAUUUUGCCAGUGAGCUGAGGGUACCAUCUGACUGUAUUCAGCUCACACUCAAUGGUAAUGCUGUAGAGGAUCACCAGACCCUGAUGAGCCUUGGGGUGCAGCCACACGCCACAGUCCAGUUCGAGAUGAGCUCAUUAGAUCCGGAAAAUUACCCCAUCAAGCCAGUUAAACCUCAGCAGGAAUGUAAUAUGCCAGAUGUCAUUACUGUCAGAGUACAGACAGAUGCAGACACCUAUCAGGAUGUGGUAGUUGAGAUUGAAAGAGCCACUCGAAAAAACCCUUUCUUGGGAGGAUAUCGCCACAAGGUCACUAAAACUGAGUACCACCACGCUGGAGUACAGACUAUGGCCAAGAGGAGGACUGACAGAGGAGUGGAGACCUUCAGCAGAGACACACAGACAGUUCAUGUGAAGAACCAAGCUCAGCAGUGCACCAUCACCACUUCUACUCAGAUGACUAAACCUGGCUGCUACAUAUCCAACAUGAAGGACAAACUCAUCACACCAGGGAGAUACGUGACUGCAGACGAAUACCACAGCAAGAGGCUUAACGCUGUAAUUACUAUCCAGACACACACCAGGCGCUGGCUGGCCAAACGACUGACCACACAGCUGAGACUGGAUAAGGAGCUGCGCCUAGCCUGGGUUGAGAGGGAGGAGAGAAGAAAGAAAGAAGAGAAGGAAGAGCAGAUUAGAGCAGAGUACCACAGGAGAAUGAACCCAGAGAGAAAAGAAGACUUUGCCCUGCUUUAUAAUGCACUGGAAAAGUGGAGAAAGGAAGAAGUGGAGCACAUUAAUGCCACUCUGUGUGGAGCAGAAAGGAAAGCUGCUCUGUGUGCUCUUUUGGAGCAGGAGACGCAGUUCAUUACAUCUAUAGAACGCCACCGAAUAGCUGCAGGAGAGAGGAACCAGGAGAAGGCAGUGCAAGCGUUCCUCAACAAGUGCGCUGCCCCCAAGCGAUGGAAAGCGUCUGAUGGGAUAAUGACCCAGAUGGAUACGCCGCACACCAUUAGGGCCAGAGAGCUCCGGGAUCUCUAUUGCAGCAUCACUCUGAGCUAUCUGAGCCAGGAAGAGCGUCUUGAUGUGCUGCUUACACUCAAACAUACGGUCAAGGAACAUGACUGUAAGCUGACUCGAGAGAUUGUGGAGUUGAUUGACAGAGAGGCCGAUCUGCUGACGAGGGGUGUGAAGGAGAGUAACCUAGAGGGGCUGAGGAAGAGGAUUGCCACUCUCUUCCUUCAGUACAUCAAAAACCCCACUUUCAACCCCCAGGUGUCCAAACUGCUGCGGGUGCCACAAGACCCAGAGCAGCUAAGGAAGAAUGUCAAUUUUUGCCGUGGCUGCAGUAACUUCCUGCCCUGCUUUGAGUUUUCCCUGACAGUGAACGCAUGCAUGGUGGGUCUUUGCCGCCACUGCAAAGAGGUAGACAAUGAGGCUCGGCACAGGGAAAACUUCUCCUGUUACAAAACCAUUCUCAAACGUCUGCGCAAGGAUGAAUCAGAAGUCAACCCAGACGCCAAGAUCCCUUACCUCCUACAGGAGCAGGAUGUGCGUUAUCUAGUGGAUGUGGUAUGGGGGGCUCAGUCUGCACUGAGUGCGUGGAACAACCUGCACGACCUGCUGAUGGUGCGCUGGGACAAGUUUUGCGAAUGGAGCCCCUGGAACUGCAUCCUGCUUACCAAGGACGAGGCAGCCGCUCACCUCAAAGUCGAAAACAUAGAGAAGACAUAUGGCACCAUAUUUAUCUGCAACAUCAAGCACAAACAUGCUCUGGCCCAGAAAUACUUCUCCCAGAUCCCUGUGAUGAUGGAGUAUCUCCAUGAUGUGGACUCACAGCCUGUUGCCCAGAGCCUCCUACUGGUCACCAAACCCAUCACUACAGUGACCAAGUAGUCUCAGUAGGACACUACUACAAUGCCUACAACUGGAUCUCAACCUCUGUAUUUAUUUCAAGCACAAUAAAGAAAGCAAUACACUUAGUUACAGACCUGUUUUACUCUGAUGACUUGCCGACGUACAUGUACUUGUUUAGUGGAAGUGACUCACUCUGUAUUAGAUUGUUAAGGACACUUAAACAUGAACUAAAGUCUUUGAGAUCCAUUUUCAUUUUUUCCCCCAUAAAACCAUAUCAUUUGCUCUAUUGCCCAUGAUAUUCUUGCCAUAAAGAUUUAUGCUUGUGAAUUCCACGUAAAGCAGAUAAAGCAGGGAACUAACCAAGCACAAAUCUAAGCUAUAGCAUUUUGAAUCCAGGAAUUGUAUGCAAUUCUGCAACUACAUGCUAGGUCCACAUCGAUCUGUUGAAAGCUUAAAAUGUAAUGUAAUCUACUAAUUAUGCCAGCAAAUAAAAUAUAGCCACAGUUAUAAUUGGAAGAUGGAUAAUUCACAAUAUGCAAUUAGAACUAAAAGGUCAAGAAUCUGUUCAUGUGUCUUAUUAAUUACACUUGAAAAAGUCAGAGUGAGGUGUUCAAUUUCCUCUCUGUAAUGAACUGAAGCUAUAAAACCCUUUUAUUUUGUGGCUUUAAGAAAUCAUUUGGUUUUUGUAGCCUUGGUCUUUCACCUAGAAAAUGUGGCGUUAUAUUCACUUUAUUUAUUUAGGCUACAAACAUGAACACAUGAUAAUCGGAAAAUGAUCAAGGUCAGAGUUCUUAUUCUGUUUUAAAAAAGAGUCUAGGUAUUUAAAAAUAGCAGAGUAUCAGUGAAUGCUCAUCUCUGAACAUCACAGACUUGAGAGGUUUCAGUCUUUCUUAAUUUCCACACUGACUAAAUUUAAAGAGAUUCACUUUGAGACUCUUCUUUAGAGCACUGACACCUUGAGGGUAGAUUAAUUUUAUUUUGCGGACUAUGGAGUUGCCACCAGUGCACCCUCGCUGUCAUUUCCCACCUCCACUGUAGUCAGGUGCUAAAUCCAACCAGUUCCCUUCCCAUCAUUUCUCAGAAUUCUUUACAUUUAUUUGAGGAUGCAAGUAUACAGGUUUGUUUUAUUACAAGGCCCAUGUUCUGAAAUGUCAUUGCUCCUAACGGUGAAUCAAGUGUCCAUUAAUACAUUUCCACUGUUGAGUGCUUGAUGAUUCUGAGUGGUUGAUUCAUUUUCUAUAACAGUAGCUCUGACAGUGCUUCUGGCUACCGGUUUACACUUGUUUUAAUCCAAAAAAUAAUCCAUUUUUUAUAGUAACAACUUAAACAGGCAGUGUGUAAUUGUUGAUAUGGUGAAGUUUUCUGUGAGUAGAUGUUUAUUUAGCAUUUUGAAUGAUUCUGAAGUGUCAGUGAGUCCUUGAAGUUUUCUGACACAGGACAGUGGGCUGUGCAGUCUCUUUGUAACAUGACAAUCUGCAUAUCUGUCUUAGUAACUUCAAUAGAGAUAGAAAAAAAUGACGAGCA